AUGUAUUCCAUGUUCCUGGUCCACGCUCUUCUCCUCAUUGUACUGUCCUAUCUUCCCGUCGCCCACCAUGUCUCUGACGUGUUGUUUCGCCAUGUUCUCCACAUCAAUAUCUUCGAGUUUGAGCUGCAAAAGCAUCCCUCUGAAGACAUCGUUGCCCUUCUGCGAAUAAACGCACUCUCUGCCUUACUCGCCCCACUAAUAAUCUACAUCUACUCCCUUUACUUUCCUUCUCGCCAUUCCGGCAAGGACCGCCCAUCAGAUUUCUCGAUCGACAUCACAUGGAUCGUACGAUCUCUUCAUGGGAUGCGAGUCUGGUGUUUUGGCAAGAAGAAACCCCAGACACUGUCUCUCUCCGACUGCAAGCAGUUCUACAGGAGCUUCUCGAAGAUGGUAGAUCUGUCAGACGCGAGGAAGAAAGCCUCCAAGAUGUCGCGGAAAGACCUCCACCGGAUCAACCGGAACAAUGUCAGUCGUUGCCUUCAUAAUAGCAAGAUUCGCCUGGACCGGGAAAAACUUGAAAAGAUCCAGCACGCCUUGGAAAACAAGAAGCUUUCACUGUCGGUUACUGCAUUGAACGACGUCAUCAACUCUCUCUUCUCCGAUCUCAUCAAUCCUUCAACCUACGAUUCACUACACACUUCAAACCUGGACAAGCUCAAACAAGUACACGAGUCUGUUACACGGUCCGAUACGACUAAAGAUACCCGGAUCCGUACACUUGUGGCCGGUCACAACGACGUGUCGGAAGAUCUUCGCCACAAGAAUGCGGAGCUCGACAUCGCUCGGACCGAAGCAUCUGAUCAAAAGGAUGACUGCCAACGAUUGGAGGCGCGACUGCAAAAGCUGGCCGACAACAAGUCAAAAAUCGAAGAGUCAUUUCGCAAAUGUAGGUACGACCUGCGGCAGGCUGAGUUCAAUCUCACCGAGAGUUCUCGAAGAGUGGCGAAUCUCGAGACUCAAAUUGAGCGAACGCGUAUGUCCGCACGAGAUGCCGACGAGCGCGCAGAAAGUAUCAACGACGAACUUCAGGAUGCCAACCGCCAGCUGAGAGACUCCGAGCGCGAACGUGCAAAGCUUGAGGCCGAGUGCGAUCGACUUCAGACUGAGUUGAAGACAAGCAAAGAGCAGUUGAACGGUGAAGCGGGUCUUGAGAAGAAGACCCACGAUCUGAACGCUGCUCACGAGCAGAUUCACCAGCUACAAGUCGAUGUUUCCCAUCUCAAAACUCAACACGCCAACGCCGUUGCCGACAAGGACCGUGAAGUUAGCUCCCUCAAAGAGCACCACGCAGCCAUCAUCUCCAGUAACGACAAGGACCAACAGGAAGAGGUCAAGAGCCUGCGCACCCAACUCACUGCGACGAUCACUGCGAAGGAUACGGAACUCGAAGUAUCACGCGCUCGACACCUUACUGCCAUCAAGCUCAAAGACGCUGAGCUCAAAGCCGCCAUCGUCGCUCGAGACAGUAUUCAGUCGGAGUACCUUUCCAAUCAGCUCGCUCACGUAAACCUGCAAAAAGACGAAGACGCCAAGAAGCUGGAACGUCUACGCAUUGAACAUUCCACCACUAUAACCCGCAAAAACGAAGAGCUCGGCAUCGCCGUAUCUCGCCAUGACGAUGCAAUGCGUGAGCUCCGUGGACAGUUCGACUUGGUCACUCAGCAAAAGGAGGACGAAGCCAAUAAGCUGAAAGACUUAAGCAUCGAGCACACGGCCGCCAUGGCCCUCAAAGACCAAGAGCUCGACACCAUUGCGUCUCGCCAUGAAAGCCAGAUGCAGGAGCUGCGUGAAGAGCUCCAUCUGGCUAAGGAACAAAAGGCCAAUGAAGCUAAGAAGCUGCAACACUCACGCUCCGAGCAUGCUACCGCGAUCAAUCUCAAGAACGCAGAGCUGCAGGAAGCACACUACGAACUCGUCAUCGCCAUCUCUGGCAAGGAAUCAGAGAUCGGCACACUUCACACAAAACACGCCGCCGCCAUCUCUGGCAAGGAAUCAGAGAUUGGCUCACUCAACACCGAGCACGCCGCUACUAUCGCUCGCAAGGAUGCCGAGCUCAAGAAAGCCCACGACGACUACGCCAUCGCCAUCUCUGGCAAGGAAUCAGAGAUUGGCUCAAUCCACACCGAGCACGCCACUGCCAUCUCUGGCAAGGAAUCAGAGAUUGGCUCACUCCACACCCAACACACCGCUGUCAUAGCCCGCAAAGAUGAGGAGCUUGAAGCACUGCGUAAAGACCUCGACAUGGCCAAGCUCAACAAGCAACCAUCCUCAACCGAUGGUCUGAAAGUCCUUGUCGAUUCACAGCAAGAGACAAUCCUUUCCAUGACAAAUGAGUGGAAUGCAGUCUACGGCAUCAUCGAAAACGUCAACAUGUGCCUGCCAUCCGUCCUGAAGAGGUUGGGCAAGCCUUUGAACGAUCGCCUUCCAGAGAUAAGGGCCAGAAUGCGACGCGACUCUGAAUUCAGGCCUGCGGAGCACCUGGGUGACCUUGAGACUGCGAUGAAGAUACGUCGUGGACGGUAUGAGCUGGAAGGAACGUUCGAUCACCAGUGGGAGUUCUUGAAGAAGUUUGUUCCUGCACUUGUGGAGGCUCAUCCCGACGUCAAAGAGCUGGCUAAGGCCAUUGAUGACACUUUUGACCGGCUUGAGGAGCAGGUGGUCCAACCCACCAAGGCGCCUACAAUCGCGCCCGCCCCAGCGAAGGCGACCCCAGAGAAGCCCCCGAAAGAUACAUGUGCCUGCAAGUAUCGUUUCUUGGUGACGGAUAGCCAGGAUGCCUGCCGCGACCAUCUCGACGGGUGCGAUGACUUCGCGAAAUGGACCCCCGAGAAGAAGAAAAGCCUUCUGGGUAAGCUCGGUUUGACUGGCUACCAGCAGCCGAAGCAGACAAAGCCGAAGGCAGAGUCGAUUACGUGCUGGCACUGCGAGCGUGAAUUCGACAAAGCACACGGGCAAUGGUUCCACGGCUCUCAUGUCAAGGUCUGCAAAAGGGGCGCCCCCAGCUUCGAUGAUGUCCCCGGCUCGAGCACACCAGGACCGAAGACUCCCGUCACCACACCUUCCAGACGCGCCCCCGUGAUCGAGCACGGCUGGCAGAAUACCGGGUCAGCGAAGAAGGCAGAGACAUCAGACUUUGUUUCUAGUGGCAUGGGAAGCAGCAAGUACCUGGGAUUCCGUGACUUUGGCUACAGCAGUGAUGAGGGUAUCGGUGUCUUCCUGGACUAG